UUCUUCAGACAUACAAUGAGACACUCUGAACGACUUCGUUAGCAGACUUAUGCCCAAAAAAGCAUCAGCACAUGACACAAUCAGAUUUGACUCAAAAGUCCCGUAGCUUCAGGAUACUAAUAGACAUAUAAUUCUAGUUACCGAAAAAAUCGCUAAGAACCUUCUUUGUGUUCGCAGGGCACAAAUCGUUAAUUAUCGAAAGAGGAGAACAUGCUGGCAACUCAUUCGGCAAUCGAUAAUACUUGAGACCUCCUCGUCAAAUCUGAGCUCUGAUAUCAUAUUGAGAACCGAUCUAUCUAAAAUCUGAAGGUGUUCCAGCAAGGUCUCAGAUGGAUCUUAUGCUAUAUUUCAACAAAUCCAAAUCAAUCUUGCUUACUACAGUCUACAGCCAUGGUACAACUGCAGAUGAUGGUGAAGCAGAUGAGAAGCUGAUGACUGUAACCAAACAUAAACAAAUACUACAACAGCUGUUUUUUUGGUUUCUGACUGAUCCUUUGUUUGGUGGGAAAAUAAUUAAUUGGAAGCAUGGAGCACGUUUUCAGUAGAAUAUUGCAAUAGCAACCUGUCUUAUUCUAUGUUACUGGAACUCUUCAUUUUGCCCCGAAGUAUUUGUAUCGUGUAUUCGACACUUGGACCUGAACACUUAUUUUAGGUCAAAAACUUAAGUUAUCAAAAUAUUAUCGAGUCUUACACAUGGACGCGUAUCCAUGUCAGACACUUUUAGCCGAGUCUGAGCAACAUAGGUCUUAUUCGAGAAGGCCUCGAACUUUAGAGUCUCAGCACCAAACUCAACUUCAAAUAUAGCUGCACAAAUGCAUCAAUAUCACUAAACUUUGUCUGAUACUGCUUAAGAAUCGCGGGGUAUGCUAGGGAGGAGUUUUGGAUUUUGAAACACCUUGGUUGUUUUGGAGGAAGAGCAUCCGAAAAAGGGGAUUCGAAUAAAGCCUUGAUCAGGUGAAGCUCUGUUGUGUCUAAGAUGGCUGGAGUAGAAGCUGCUGCAUCAGGUUCAGAUGUUCAGUCAGGAAAUAUGGUUUUCAAACCUAUUCUGGAGGAGGGAGUUUUCCGGUUUGAUUGCUCUGCUGAUGAUAUGGACGCAGCGUUUCCAAGUCUUUCUUUUGUUAAUCAGAAAGAUAGGGACACACUUCUGUUGACUACUAAGGGCAAACCAUCAUUUACGCCUACCUUUGAGUGUGUAGCUGGACAACAAACUGUUAAAAUCGAGCUUCCUGCUGGUACCACAUUCUAUGGAACAGGAGAAGUUAGCGGACAGCUUGAACGUUCUGGGAAAAGGGUUUUUACUUGGAACACGGAUGCCUGGGGUUAUGGUGCUGGAACGACAUCUUUAUACCAGUCACAUCCUUGGGUUCUAGCUGUUAUUCCAAGUGGAGAAGCCUUCGGGGUUCUUGCAGAUACAACAAGACGUUGUGAGAUUGAUUUAAGGAAAGAAUCAACUAUAAUGUUCUGCGCUCCAUCAUCGUUUCCGGUUAUUACUUUUGGUCCUUUGCCCUUGCCAGUUGAUGUUGUAGCAUUAUUUUCUCGAAUAACUGGAACUGUAUUCAUGCCGCCAAAGUGGUCACUGGGCUAUCAUCAAUGUCGUUAUAGCUAUGACUCUGACAUACGAGUUCGUGAGAUUUCCAGAACAUUCCGGGAAAAAGGUAUACCCUGUGAUGUCAUAUGGAUGGAUAUCGACUACAUGGAUGGUUUUCGUUGUUUCACUUUUGACAAGGAACGUUUCUCAGACCCGCAAUCUUUAGUGAAAGAUCUUCAUGAUACUGGUUUUAAAGCAAUCUGGAUGCUUGACCCUGGAAUCAAACACGAAGAAGGUUAUUUUGUUUAUGACAGUGGUUCUGAAAAGGACAUCUGGACCCAGACAGCUGAUGGAAGGCCUUUUGUGGGGGAUGUAUGGCCUGGGCCUUGUGUUUUCCCUGACUUUACACAAUCAAAAGCUCGUUUGUGGUGGUCAAGUUUAGUUAAAGAUUUUACUGAAUAUGGCGUGGAUGGUAUAUGGAAUGAUAUGAAUGAGCCCGCUGUCUUCAAGACAGUAACAAAAACCAUGCCUGAGAGUAAUGUUCACAGGGGAGAUGCUGAACUUGGAGGAUGCCAGAAUCACGCACAUUAUCACAACGUGUAUGGAAUGUUAAUGGCGAGAUCAACAUAUGAAGGCAUGAAAGUAGCUGAUGAGAGUAAGCGUCCAUUUGUUCUCACUCGAGCUGGAUUAAUUGGUAGUCAAAGAUAUGCAGCAACAUGGACUGGCGAUAAUCUAUCAACCUGGGAGCAUCUACAUAUGAGCAUAUCCAUGGUUCUCCAACUGGGGAUUAGUGGUCAGCCACUUGCAGGGCCAGAUAUUGGCGGAUUUUGCAAAAAUGCAACACCGAAACUCUUUGGAAGAUGGAUGGGUAUUGGUGCCAUGUUUCCAUUUAGUCGUGGGCACUCCGAGAAGGACACAUCUGAUCAUGAACCUUGGUCUUUCGGGGAAGAGUGUGAAGAAGUAUGUCGGUUAGCACUGAGAAGGAGAUACCGCCUUCUACCACACAUGUACACCCUCUUUUAUUUGGCACAUACUAAGGGAAUUCCAGUUGCAGUUCCAACAUUCUUCGUUGAUUCAAAAGAUUCUAAGCUAAGAACGAAUGAAAAUUCCUUCAUGCUGGGACCUCUCCUCAUCUAUGCAAGCACAACACCUGAUCAAAGGGUACAUGAGAUGCAACACACAUUGCCUGAAGGCAUUUGGUUGAGUUUUGACUUCGACGAUUCACAUCCGGAUUUACCAGCUCUGUAUCUUCAAGGUGGAUCAAUCAUUCCCUUUAGUCAUCCUUAUCAACAUGUUGGUGAAGCUGAUCCAAGUGAUGAUCUAUCAAUGCUCAUUGCUUUAGAUGAAAAUGGAAAAGCUGAAGGUGUCCUUUACGAAGAUGACGGUGAUGGAUAUGAAUACACCAAAGGAGAGUAUCUUUUGACGACAUAUGUUGCUGAGCUUCAGUCUUCAGUUGUUACUAUAAGAGUUUCCAAAUAUGAGGGGUUGUGGAAGAGGCCAAAACGUCGUUUACAUGUCCACUUAUUGCUUGGCAAAUAUGCAACGCUUGAUGCAUAUGGAGUAGAUGGAGAUAGUAUACAAAUCACCAUGCCUUCAGAAAGUGAAGUGUCUGAUAUAGUAUAUGCAAGCAAUAAGAAGUUCACAAGUCGAAUCGAAACUGCUAGGCAAAUUCCAAAUGUGGAAAAGGUAUCUGAAGCAAAGGGUAUAGCGCUUUCGAGGACUCCUGUGGAACUUAAAAGUAGCGAUUGGGUCCUUAAAGUGGUUCCAUGGAUAGGGGGUCGGAUUCUUUCCAUGGAGCAUAUUAAUUCUGGAACUCAAUGGCUUCACAGCCAGUUCGAUAUUGAUGGGUAUGAAGAGUACAGUGGAACAGAGUACCAAUCUGCUGGAUGUUUAGAGGAGUAUACUGUUAUUGAUCAUGCUGGUGAACAAGCAAAGGAAGUGGAGUCUCUUUCAUUAGAAGGUGAUGUUGGCGGUGGGCUGGUUCUUGAAAGGACGAUAUCUUUGCCUAAAGAUGAACCAAAAGUCGUGCAGAUUGAUUCAAGCAUUGUAGCUCGCAGUAUUGGUGCUGGUUCAGGAGGAUUUUCAAGGGUUGUUUGCUUGCGGGUGCACCCUACGUUUAGCCUUCUACAUCCUACAGAAUCAUACGUGUCAUUUGUUUCCAUCAAUGGAUCUCAGCAUGAUUGUUGGCCAACUUGUAGUGAGCAGAGAUUUGAAGGAGACUCUCGGCCUAAUGGUGAAUGGAUGCUUGUCGAUAAAUGCCUUGGUGUAACUUUAGUAAACAAAUUCAAUGUCAGUCAGGUUCACAAGUGUCUCAUACACUGGGGAACCGAAACAGUUAACAUGGAGCUUAUGUCCGAGGAUAGACCUGUUUCGGACAAGUCAGCUCUGACGAUAUGUCACCAAUAUGAGGUGCGAGAGAAGAAAUCUAAGCCAGCAUCUGGUUGGAUUUGAAACAUGUAUUUGAAAUCUUAUGCAGGGGAACCUCCUGACAUGUGCUUUCACUAGUAAUGUUGUCAGUGUCAUAGAUCUUAUUUUGGCAUCAAGGAUGUUAUGUUUGUUCUGUGCAUUUGAUUGGAUGAUUUGAGAACAUUAUCUCGAGUUUGGCUGUGAUGGAUAAAAUUAUGAGCGAGUGAAAUGAUCUUUUUGAGAAA